UUUACAGGAACUAUCAGAAUAAAUGAAAAUAAUAACACAUUGACUGCUUUAGUCUUUUAGAUUCACUUCUGUCUGUUUUGUUUUGUCUCCAUUUAAAAGAUAACAAACUCUGAGCAAAUGUAAAAAGAAUCUCUGCACAUUCCACAGUCUUUGCUGCUAAAGUGACAUCACAGCAUUUAAGCAUGUUUUGAAUGAAAACAUCAGCAUAUGAACACAAAACUGAAGAGACACUGCAACCGUAUGAAAGCAGACCACUAUUUAGUGACAUUUCGACGUUUCCCUGAGGAUUAACUGCUCUGUAAUUUACCAAGAACUCAAUCAAAAUGAGUGCAAGUGGAGACGGACCACAAAAUAACCAAAACGGCCAACAGGUUAACACACAAAGGUUUGCAAAUGGAGAUCAGCAACCUGCUAAUGAACCAGUUAAUGGAGGCUUCGUGAACAAUCUGUAUCUCGCUCUCCGUGAUAUUUGUUGGUUUCUGCAUGAGCUAAUAGCUUCAGCACUGGGACAAUAUGAUGACUUCUACGGUAGCGAUGACGAUGACGAUGACAACAAUGUCAACGCUCAAAAUAUUAAUCUGAGGGACAAUAAUGCCAAUGCUGACAACAAUGAACAGCACCAGGAUCAUAAUGCUGUGGUUGUUGGUGGCAUUGAAAAUGAGGAGGCAUUUGAAGACCGUGUGGAUGUUCACCAGUACAUCCCAGAAGAGGACCCUCAGCCAGGUGUUUCCAGGAGGAGGUCUAGAGAGCUGGAUGAAGAAGAUGUGGAACCAAACAAAAGAAUCAGAUGGAGCGAUGAUGACUCUGACUUCUUCUCUGCCUCUGAUACUGAUAGCGAGGGCUGUCCUCAGGUUGGUAAUAUUGCCGAUGAGGACAUCAAUCAGCAGGUAACAGAAGAAGAACCGCAGCCUGGUGGAUCCACGAAAAGGUCCAGAGAGGAAGAUGUUGACGAAGAAGGUCGUAAUAGCAAAAAAUCCAGGCUUGCACACUCUGAUUCGGGGACCAGCUCAACUGUGUGCGACCACUCUGAGAGCAGCAGUGAUGAACUUUUUGAAGAUGCGCACGAAGAGCUUGACAACCAUGAAGCUGGAGGCUCGAGGAAGCGUUCCCGAGAGGACUUUGAGGAAGAAGAGGAAUACUUGCCGGCAUGCAAAUUUCGGAGGUGUUCAAAUGAGUCCAGCAGCAGCAGUGAUGAAGACUAAGCCUAUUUCGACGGGUUUCUUCAGUAUCCUUUUAGUAGGCUGAUGGCCUACUCAGGUGACCCUGAAUCCUCCAUGCUGCAAUAAGCUGGGCAUACACUGUGCGAUUUCUUUCAGUCGCGUUAUUCAGCUCCUGCUCAAACUGUACGAUUGAC